AUGUCGGGUAUCGUAAAUAUCUACCACAUUGGUAGUAAAGUCUUGACUAUCACGUACAAUGACAUCGAACAUCACGUUCUACUACCAGGAGAGACAAUAGUCAUCCAUGUCUUCGGCAGGGCAACGAAAUAUAACUUGACAGAACUACCAUUACGACUGGCGGCCGCAAGCCUUGAAGGCCGCCGCCUCAUCAUCAACGACACCGAUGGCAGUCUCAUCUAUUCCACCAAGAUACCUGAUAAUGAACAGCAUCAUUCAAGACCCCGUUCAAGCCCACUUUCAUCUUCAGGACAAUCGCCUACCACGCCGACCAUUGGCAGCUCCGCAUACCAAUUUCCAACGCCUCAACCAUCCGAGCGGUCGUUUUCGCCACAUACACACUGCUCGCCGCGGCUUUCAACGCCAUCAAGUGAUUUAUUCGCACCCACCAUAUACAAAGCAACGUCGCCUAUCAAGAACCGCAAGCAAGGCGAGGAGAGAUCAUUCAUGCCGCAAUCAGACACAACCAAGGUUGGCAGUGGCAGCAGGAAACGCAAGCAGGGCGAGGAGCGACCAUUCAUCCCGCAAUCAAAUUUGUCCAGAGGCAGCAAUCCUUCUCCUUCAACUCCAAGACGGUCAUUUGGAAGGAAGUCUAUCAAAAGAGCGCCUUCUCAGCGUCGCAAAAACGAUGGCGAAAGGCUUUCUAAACUUAGCAAAAAAUCAAUCACGCCAGAAGAAAGUCAGUGGCUUCCCAGGUUCCUCAAAGAUCUGUGUAACGACAUGAAAUUUGCGGCCUUCUGCGAACCAGUCCGCUACAACGAACUGGCGAGAAUCAUUGGUCCCACUUACAAUGACUACCCAGAAGUCAUCAAGAAGCCAAUGGACCUUCUCACAAUCCGUAUCAACGUCGCCCGACGUAGAUACACAAACAUGCGUAGCGUACAGCAAGACAUCCACCUCAUGGCCAACAAUGCCAUCGCUUGGUUUCGCUACUACAAGGAGAAGACCGGAGAUGGUGACGAUGAGCACGUGAAAGACGCCGCCAUUGCCAUGCGGGAUGUGUUUGAUGACCAGGCAAGUCAGUACAAGUGGUAUUCUGAACUUCUGAACGACAGCGAAGCGGAAAAAUUGCAGGCCGAGGGGCCGGCGAGGAAGAGGGCCAAGUCCAGCCGUAACACCAUUGACAACAAGGCCAAGAGAGGUAGUCGCGCGAGGAACAAGUAUCCGGCGGAUCUGAUAGGGAAUUUCCUUAUUGGUGAAGAGGAAGAAGAUGAUGGAAACGAAACAUUCAGCCCAGAUCCCGCUUCCUCGUCUGACGACAGCGACUACAGCGAGUAUGCAGAGAACGAAGAUGAGGCGGAUGAUUCGGCUUCGGGGGAUGAUCAGCCAGUCGACGACGAAGAGCCGGACUCGUUCAUAUAA